GAGUGGAUUUACGUAAUCCUGAUCAUAAAUUCUAUCUCAUGGAAAUUGACAACUAUGGAGAAAACAAUGGUCUUCCACCUGUUGUAGAAAGAAAAAUAUUUUUUGGUAGGGAAGUUGGAGCAGCUGAUAGAAAACUCCUACCAACAUAUCAGUUAAAAAGUCGAAAAUACAUAGGACCUACUGCCAUGGAUGCCGAGAUAGCCUUUCUAAUGGCAAAUCAAGGAUUGGCACGACCGGGAAAAUUCAUCUACGAUCCUUUUGUUGGAACUGGGAGCAUCCUUAUUGCUGCUGCACAUUUUGGAGCAAUGACUAUGGGUGCAGAUAUUGACAUAAGGGUAGUACGUGAUGGUCGGGGACCUGAUUGUAAUGUUUGGAGCAACUUUGAACAGUAUGGUCUGCCGAAGCCGCUUUCUUUGAUGAGGUCAGAUAAUAAUUUACCACCUUGGCAUUCUGGGCUCAAGGAGAUAUUCGACGCCAUCAUCUGUGAUCCCCCAUAUGGCGUUCGUGCCGGAGGACGCAAAUCCGGCGGCCGAAAGUUACUCAAAGGUGUCGUCAACCCAUACACGGUUCCCGAAGAGAAACGCUUCGACCACAUUCCGUCAACCGCGGCUUACAGCUUAGCGGAAUGCGUGCACGAUCUGCUUGAACUCGCUGCACGAAUGCUCGUCAUGGGAGGCAGGCUCGUCUUCUUCUUCCCUGUGCUCAGGGAAGAUACCGUCGCCGUCGCCCGGUUUCCGGAACAUCCAUGCUUCACAUUGAUAGCUUCCUGCGAGCAGAUUCUUAGCUUGCGCUCAAGGACAGAUCUUGUUGUGUAA